CGCCACAUGCUGAACACCAGCUCACAGAGAUCAGUGUGUGUGUGUGUUAAUGAGUGUGUAAGUGUGUGUGUGUGUUUCUCCUGGGACAGGUGCUGCUGCUGUGUCUGUGUGUGUGUGUGUGUGAGAGAUUUUUUUUGACAUGGUGUUUCAGCCAAGCAAACGGACGAGCUGCGCGCGCGACAGUUGUCUCUAGCCGGCAUGGCACGGCGGCAGCGCGCGCUAUACGACCCGUGCGUGGACAGGUGCGCGAGACAAGAGGAGCUUUGACUUUUUUUCUUCCACGUCCUUCUUCUUCUUCUUCUUCUUUUUUUUUUUUUACUUCUCAGCCAGUGUGUGGAUUUAUUUGGCGCCCGCGAGCUCGAGACUUGAGGACGCGCGCGUGUUUACCUCUUCGCCACGGACGAUCCGAUCCAGAUCUGAGUCUCGCGUCUUCAGACCUCCAAACGUUCGUCUAUCACUCGCUCCUUCUCCCUCACUUUACCAGCACCGUCUAACUCAAAACAGGAAGUGACAUCGUACUGACCCCCAAGGGCGUGGUCAUACUGAGUUCACUCUCACUGACCAUGAGACCGCCACAUAGAUCUCAGGAGAGGCAGAGAUCAGCGUCAGCCGUCAGCAGCCGCGAUGCCUCUGAUCGGACUCUUCUGGCUGGUCCAGUUGGUGAGUUGUACGUUUCCAGAAGAACCCGGACCUGUGAACACCAUCCCUGCUGAAGUGGUGAGGAGGUAUCCGGUUUUCCUGGGCAGAGCUCACAGCUCAUCAGUGACUCAGGAGCCGUUACACAUCCAGAGGGUCCUGCAGGUCAACCGCACGCUCUACAUCGGAGCCAGGGAUGACCUUUUCCGUGUGGAGUUGGACAACAUGGUUGGAGAUGAGAUGUUCUACAGUAAGAAACGGACAUGGGAGUCAAACAAGAACGACAUCAAAAUCUGCAAGAUGAAGGGCAAGCAUGAGGACGAGUGUCGUAACUACAUUAAAGUCCUGCUGAGUCGACAAGGCGGUCUGUUCAUCUGCGGCACCAACGCCUUCAACCCUCUGUGCGCUAACUACACAGCAGACACUCUGGAGAUGGUGGGUGAGACAGUCAGUGGAAUGGCCCGAUGUCCCUACGACCCCAAACACGCCAAUGUGGCACUGUUCGCAGGUGGAAGCCUCUUCACUGCGACAGUGACUGAUUUCCUGGCGAUUGAUGCGGUGAUCUACAGGAGUUUAGGCGACACUCCGACGCUGCGCACCAUUAAACACGACUCCAAAUGGUUCAGAGAGCCGUACUUUGUCAGCGCUGUGGAGUGGAGAGAACACAUCUACUUCUUCUUCCGCGAGAUAGCCAUGGAGUUCAACUACCUGGAGAAGGUGGUGGUAUCUCGGGUGGCGCGGGUGUGUAAGAGCGAUGUGGGCGGGUCUCAGCGUGUGUUGGAGAAACAGUGGACUUCUUUCCUGAAAGCUCGACUGAACUGCUCCAUCCCCGGAGACUCACACUUCUACUUCAACCUGCUUCACUCCACCAGCUCCGUCCUGCAGCUGCAGGGGAGAGACGUCAUCCUUGCUGUCUUCUCCACACCUGCCAACAGUAUCCCCGGCUCGGCGGUGUGUGUGUUUGAUAUGGAGCAGCUCUCUGUGGUGUUUGACGGCAGGUUUAAAGAGCAGAAAUCUCCCGAAUCGAUCUGGACACCAGUGGCAGAUGAGCUCAUCCCCAAACCCAGACCCGGUGGUUGUGCUGGUCAGGGCUCCAGGUUUAACUCGUCCACUUUGUUCCCUGACGAGAUGCUGAACUUUGUAAAGACACACCCUCUGAUGGACGAGGCCGUGCCGUCUGUGGGACAGAGACCCUGGAUCAUCAGGACCAUGGUCAGAUAUCAGCUCAAUAAGAUGGUGGUGGACACGAACGCCGGUCCCCACGGCAACCGGACCGUCGUCUUCCUCGGCUCCAACCGCGGCACCGUCCUCAAAUUCCUCGUCACUUAUGACGGAGACAACCUGGCCUCCAACAGCAACAUCUUCCUGGAGGAGCUGGAGGGCUUCAACCCGGAGAGGUGUGCUGCGGACUCUCCUCAGGCUCGUCAGCUCCUGUCUCUCUCUCUGGACUCCGUCAGUCACACGCUGCUGCUGACCUUCCCUUCCUGCGUGAUCCGAGUCCCGGUCGCUCGCUGCCAUCUGUACUCCCGCUGCAUGAAAAACUGCGUCGCCUCCAGAGAUCCGUACUGCGGCUGGACCAAAGGCAGCACCUGCUCCUUCCUCCGACCCGGGACCAGGCUUCCCUUCGAGCAGGACGUGGAUCACGGGAACACCUCACAUCUGGGCGACUGUGACGGGCUACUCCAGGAGAGUUACAUAGAGGAACCAGACGGCUUGGUGUCUGUCAACCUUCUCAUCAUGUGUGCAGUGUCUGCCUUCACCACCGGGGCGGCGCUCUCCGCCCUGAUGAUCUGCUGGCUCAUGACGUUCAAGCAUCGUCGCCGUUCCAGGGGCGGAGCUUCGAGCCAGGCCGGGCGUCGCCAUGCCGACAGGGAGCAGUGCGUGUUAGGACAUGGGCCUAGUAGUUCGGCGAUUAGCGUGACAAGGAUCAGCGGCGUCGAUGCACAAAUGGAGGACCUGUUCAAUAACGGCUGGUCGAAAUCCGGAGAAAUCCAGGAUCCCGGAUUGCCGACUCCAGAGCAAACGCCGCUGCAGCAGAAACGUCCCGCUCCUGACAUCCAUGACCACGCCCAUUUCCACCAAACCGACUCAGACUGGGAGCAGAGCCAAACUUUCAUCACCCAGACAGGUCCAAAUCCCUCCAUCAUGUACCUGAGCUCCGGUUACUUACAUGGUGGAGACGGAGGCCAGCAGGACGAUCCGGCUAUCCCAAACGUCGAAAGGCAGCGUUAUCUCAUCCUUCCUCAUCCCGCCAUACAGAAAGACCAAAGCAGGCAUCAUUCGGCUCCAAAGACGCGCAAUUCUGCUGGCGACUACCGACCGGUGACGCCUCAAGACUCGCCUGAGCGCAGGAAGGUGGUAUCCGCUCCCAAUCCGCACUCGGAUUACGGCAACCCGCCGCACUGGAGCCAGAACAACAUCGGCAACAACGGCAAACCCAACAGACACCACCACAACUAUCCGAUACAGCCACGUACCAAUGCGGCGAUGCCGCGACCCGGCGUCCUCCACUCCCCCAGGGGGCUUGGUGAGCUGCAGGAUUUCAGCCAUGUUCGGGUAAGGAGGAUGGACAGCGAGAGGGAUGUGAGGAGAGAAAAAGACAGAGAGUGUAUGUCCAGCGGACCAUAAAGUGACAGACAAGCUCCCUCUUUUCCAGAGAGCCGUGACUCCCAAAACCUGCCCGGAAAACUGCCUCACUGCCGUCUAGAAAAUCCCUCAGUGUCGCUCGACAGUGACCCAGUGAGACAGAAUCCAGCUGAGCACUUGCCAGUUCCCGAGCCUCAUUCCCUAAAAACAUCCCCACCCCCCAAACCCCUUUAGCACUUAGCAUGUUAGCGAGGUUCUCCGCAGUCCCUCUGCCAACAACACGGAGCCACAUUUCAGGAACCAGGAUCUCAGAUUACUGUGAAGUGUUCAGUCGACUCUACAGCCAACAGUAGCAAGUCUUUCAGAGAGGAAACUCUUCACUUCUUUGCUAUGUGUGUGUGUGUGUGUGUGUGUGUGUUUGUGUGAGAUACACACAGCAUCCUGACACCAGAGGCAAGUCUAGCUCUCAGCUCGAGGACUUAAAGGACGUAAAGACGACUGAGCUGAACAUCGAGCCGAGAACAAACAUGCUCUUUACACCCGUGUGGUAGAAGAGAACAAAGUGACUUAAAGCAACUUGAUUGCGAUUUUUUUUUUAAAACUAGCGGGCGUGUGGACGUGUGAGAGACGAAAGUCCUGAUUUUGAUGACAGACAGGUUCUCAAAAACCAGACCUCGUUCCUUCCUCGUUCGUUUGUAUCAACAAGCUAAUAAACAAACUUUCAGUUUUAUUUGUAACAAUCAGCGUUUUCACAGUUUGUUGACAUCAUCACCACACACAGGGGGCGGAGAUGAAUAUGAUCCAAUAAUAUCUUGACUCAUUUCACUUACCCAUCCCCCGACAGCCAGCCAGCCCUCAUCAUUCUAGUCAGAAAAAUGUUUCCUCGUUACCCGUUGCUAUAGUGAUCUUUGGUUUUAUGUUGACCUUAUGUAUCUAGAGGUAGGUAGCUAAGUUGAUUAGCAAGAUGAUAACUAGACUAUUUUUGGAGCAGGGGUUGGAGAGGAAGUGAGAAGGUGUAGCGUUAUAAUUUCAUACCCUGUACGGAUGAGGUUAGCGCUGCUUAUCUAGCAGAAGUUAUGGCAUCAUGGUGAUGUUUAUGCUAGCAUGCUAGCUGAUAUUAGUUGGGACUCGGAGAUGCCUGUCGCUCAGCAAAAUCAGGACGUCCAUGAACGAGAGCGUCCACAACAAUCACGCAAAUGAUGGAGAGGCGAGGCGCGAGAUGUGAGCUGCGAGCUCUGGGGUGGUUUAGCGGUAAUUAUAACGGCAACAACGAUAAUAAUGUGGGUGGAGUUUGUGUGUGUAAAUGUGUCAGAUGUGUGUUUGCUGUUGGAUACGAGGAACACUGAGGGCUUUUGUUAGCAUCUUUCUGCCUCACUGACUCGUCUCUCUCUCUCUCUCUCUCUCUCUCUCUAAAUCUCCCUCUUUCUGUAAAGUGAAACGUGAUCUUUCUCUCUAUCACUCCCCCCUUGCUCUUUUUCUUUAAAUCUCCCUCUUUCUGUAAAGUGAAAUGUGAUUCUCUCUCUCUCUCUCUCUCUCUCUCUCUCUCUCUCCGUCUUGUCUCUGGGGUGCUGCUUCAGGAAGCAUCUCUGACACACUGAGGCUCUUUGUUGCGGACGGACAGACGAGGCCGGUUUCGAGGCGUUAGGAGUCGGUCAGCGAGAGAAUAGCAAUGAGCGGCAGAAUGAGUUCGUCCCUCUGGGGCUCCGUCCUGAUUCCAGCGAAGGUUUUAGCGGGGCAUCAAAGGGAACGAGGGGGUAAACUGCCACCUCGGCUUCUUUCCUCGCUUCUGUUUCCUAACUGAUUCGAAAAAUAAAAAAUAAAACAAA